AUGAGGACCUGGCACUCCAUUUGCAUCAUUGCAUGGUGCUUCCUGCUCCUUGCAUCCUACACGGUUUCCAAGGAAAACACACCUGAACCGAAGCCUGAACCGAAACCGAAGCCUGAACCGAAACCGAAGCCUGAACCGAAACCGAAGCCUGAACCGACGAAGCCUGCUCCGGACCCUAAUCCGGAGAUCAUCGCCCGGAACAACAUGGACAUGACUGUCUGCGCGGGCGAGGAUGUGAUAGGAUACAUUUCCAACAAACAAGACAGUUGGGCACAAUUUUACGUAUUCGACGAGCAAGGCAAUCCGACGCCUGGUUUGGGUACCUGCGGAUGCGCCCCCGUUGGAGCAUCAAUGGACCUCUGGCUAUGGAGCUGUGCAGAAUGGCCUCAACAGCAUGUUGACUGGAAAGGCAUCAAGACCAUACCAUACUGCACUAGAAUGACUACCUGCCCUCCUUUUGGACAACGGCUUACUAUGGAUGCGAUGCAAAGGGCUAAGAUUUGUCAGGGAUCACAAGAGGUUGGAUUGCUCUAUUCGACCGGCCAGGCGAUGCCCAAUUCAGGCAAAUCAAAGGACAUGGUCGCCCAAUGCUCUUGUUCUACUGGCGGCAAUGGGAAGCCGUCUAUAUUCAGCUGUGAAGAUGCAACAGCCAUGAAAGUGUUUGGAAAGGACGACAAAUCCAAUCCUUUUGUUUGUGUGACCCCGCAACAAGCGUGUGAUGCUGGUUCAGAAAUUCCCAAAUCUUGA